CUCCGCAGCAGCUCAGAGACAGCACGUUUGAGUGAGGCACGCAGCGUCGAACACUCAAGAUCAAAAUCCGAGCGACAUGAAAUGAAUCGGGACGGACGAUCCUUAGUCCUAAAAUAAUCUCGUACAGCGGAAAAAAGGCCCGCGUUUCAUUCAUGAAACAUGUCUGAAUUGCCAGGCAACACAGAAGCGGUACCUGCAGCCCACAGCUUGUUGUUUUCAUGACACUUUGAGAGCUGAGGGAGAUUUGAUGCCGCCGCGAACCGACGGGAUUUAACGUUACACGGAGAGCACGGGGCUCGACAUGGCCUCGGUGAACUGCUUCGGUGGUCCGGAGGAGCUCGAGGACACGAAUCACGCGUCAAGUUUGAUGAGAGAGCUGAAAUUAUUCUACGACUCGCAGCUGUUAGUCGACGUGACUAUCAAAGUGGAGCCAGACCCGGAGCAAAGUGUCUCCUCAGGGAAAGUUUUCCAGUGCAACCGAAAUAUACUGGCAGCCGCGAGCCCGUAUUUCAAGAGCAUGUUUACCGGAGGACUGUAUGAGAGCACGCAGCGAAGUGUCACCAUUCAUGAUGUGGACGCCCAUUCAAUGGCAGUCAUAAUCGAUUACUGCUACACUGGCAAAGUCACGGUCACCGAAGCCAAUGUGCAAAGGCUUUACGCAGCUGCCAACAUGCUGCAGCUGGAGUAUAUCCGGCAAGCGUGCGCAAACUUCAUGACAAGACGGCUGGACCUUUCUAACUGUGCAGGGGUUUUGAAGUUCGCCGACACCUUUGACAAUCUAGAGUUGAAGAGCAAAGCUCAGGCGUUCAUCGCGAAGAACUUCGUCCAGCUCGGUGCGAGCGCGCGAGAGCUUUGUGAGCUGGACCUGAAGCAGAUCACAGAGAUCCUUACACUGGACUCUCUGGACGUCGACUGCGAACGCAAAGUGUGUUCGUUCGCGAUACAGUGGAUUGAGAAUAAUCCGCACAAUCCGGAUGCUGAAGAUGCGCUUCAGGUCCUCAGAUGCGUGCGGUGGGCUUUGUUUUCAGAGAAAGACAGGGUUUAUCUAGAAGGCCUGAAAUCAAAGCCUUCUAUAAAGAAGUAUCUUGCGAAUGUCCUCGAUGAGCCGAGCGCUACGAUAUCAAAGAGUGUACAUGCUGCCAAACAAAGAGUCGGAAAGAGUGCAAAAGAAAUGGUGCUUUUCUUCGGACGGCCUAAUGAGCCGUUCAUGUGUUAUGACCCCUAUACGGAUGACAUCUAUUCUAUGGCAUCCCCGGUCAUCAACCUCACCAAUCAGAACUUCAAACGCUCUCCCAUGGAGACGUUUUUGGUCUGCACCACGCCGGAGAACAGUCUGUAUCUCGCCUCGCACCUGUCCAAGCACUUCUGGGUCUUCAACCCUCUGUUGAAUUGCUGGCAGGAGCUUGCGGAAAGACUUCUCAGAAGAGUUCACUCGUACAUGGGGUACCUCGACGGGCAUCUGUAUGUUCUGGGAGGCAGAGAUCCGGUUUCGGACGCCAGGCUCAAGGAAGUUGAAUGCUACAGCAUUCAGAGGAACCAAUGGGGUUUUGUGGCGCCCUUGCCGCAUUCUUUGGGAAAGAUGCAGGUUGUGACGAUAAACGAGCGGCUUUAUGUGGUGAACAAGAGGAGGAUGCUUAGCUACGAGCCGAAGAAAAGCCUCUGGAUCCAGCGGGGCUCUCUGAAACGCAGCAAACUCCACAAAGCUUGUGUUUUUCAGGAGGAGAUUAUAUGUUUGUGCGAUAUCCCCGUGGUCAAAGCCUAUAACCCGGCUCGAGGAGAAUGGCGACGGAUCGGAGACAUUCCCAUCGACAGCAGCGCUCUCAACUACCAAGUUGUGCAACACAACAGCAAACUGCUGCUUCUAACAAUUGCAAUAGUCCAUCACAGCAAAAACAGGCUGGUGAUACACGAAUACGAUCCCACUCAGGACUCAUGGAAAAACGUGGCCACCAUGUUUGGAUUGUCGUUUGGAUCCAUAAGCCUCUCGGCCCGGGUCUAUACCACAUGCUUGGGGUCCGGUCAGAAUUUCAUCUCGGAGGAGGAUGACGACAGCGGCUCCAGCGCCGACUGGGACUUCGACGGAUUGACGGACGCAGACUCUGACUCCGGGAGCUCAAGCUCAUUUUCAGAUGAAAACUGGUAGCAAUGUAGUUCUGCAGAGUCAGAUAGAGCGUGAAAAGACGUGUAAUCGAGCCAUACGUGAACAUGCAGGUGUUGAAAUGAUUAGCCUGUAUAACCUACUUGAAAUCCACGCUGUUAUGAUGAGUAUUAUUAAACACAUGCUUACCUUCAUGAUA